CCACCGCCGAGUGAGGUUGCGAUGUGGAGCACGAGUCGCGUGGCACCUGAAAAGUUGUGUCACUGGGUGUCACGGUGCGCUUUUCACGCAAAGGAUUGCGAGGCCAGGCGCUGAAAGGGAAUGGGGCUGUGUGUCCGUCCGUCCGUCCGUCCGUCCAUCCAUCCAUUCAUGCUCAGGAGAAGCUGGCCCUUCCCGUCCGAAGGAACCCUGUCCCUCUGUGCUCCCCGGGGGCAGCCCAGCAUGGCAGCCCAGCAUGGCAGCGUGGCGGGAUCCGAGUCGGAAGGCCUGGAGCAGCGGAUCCACCACAUCAACAACGAGUCUCUGGAAAGUACCAGGCGAAUGCUGCAGCUGGUGGAUGAGAGCAAAGAUGCCGGGAUUCGAACUUUGGUGAUGCUGGAUGACCAAGGGGAGCAGCUGGACCGCAUUGAGGACGGUUUAGACCAGAUUAUCCAAGACAUGAAGGAAGCGGAGAAGAACCUCAGCGACAUGGCCAAGUGUUGUGGCCUUUUCGUCUGCCCCUGCGCCAAGUUAAAGAACAUGAAGGCCAUGGAGGCUAGUAAGGCGGCCUCUAGCAACACCCAGGAUGUGGUCUCACAGCAACCCAUCAUGAUGACCGCGGGGACACAGAUGAUGAUGAGCGGGCCCUUCAUCCAGCGGGUAAUGAAGGACGACGUGGAGGACGAGAUAGAGCAGAAUCUGACCCAGGUGGACAGCAUGCUGAGUAACCUGCGCAGCAUGGCGGUGGACAUGAGCAACGAGAUUGAUGUCCAGAGCAAGCAGGUGGAGAAUAUCAAAGAGAAGGCCGUUGCCAAUGUGAUCAGCAUCAGCGAAGCCAACAACCAGACCACGAAGAUGCUGAAGAAAGCCUGAAGCUACUUCGGCCCCUCACCCCCCUCUUCCCGCCCCCCACUUUCACCAAAUGCAACCGGUUACCGGCUUCUUCCGUCCUCAGCUCCAAAGUGGACGCCUUCCGAUCCAAGUGAUUUAAACCAAGUUUCCUGUGUGAAUCUCAUCCAUUUUCUGAACCAACAUGCAUGCUUUCAGGAUGCUAAAGUGAUGCCCAUGUAAACGGCAAGGGGGGGAGGCUAACCUGAGCUUUGGCCCUGGGUGUGUGUGUGUGUGUGUGUGUGUGUGUGUGUUUCCCUUGGUACAAAGAACCCGCUGGGCUGUCUGGGUGCCACCCAGCCCACCCCCUCUUUAAUGGCUAGGAUGGCCGAUGAGCAGCCCCCUUGCUGGAGGAACUGCUCUCUUGAAGAGGAAAGGAAAACUGAGAAACUGACUAGGCUGCUUCCAGGAUUCCCCAUGGGAAAAAGCCAGGAACAGCUAUUUUUCAGCCCGAUGGGAAAAUAAACGUCCACCCAAUUUGGCUUAGUGUGGCCACGAAUGUUUCUGUAGCUGAAAGCUACAGAGCUUGGGGAAGCCAAGAGCCCUGGUGGGACACUUGAGGUCAUCCAAACAGGGAUGGGGUGACUGCUGAAAGAGGCAGGGCUGAUCUCCUCUGGGGUAUCAACACCCUGAUGCGGAUAGAAGCGGGUCCAUUCAGAAAAACCAACAGUCCAGUGUUUUAAUUUAUAUUUAGGCUCCAUCCAGCCUUUCCCAAUCAAGUCCUCCGGGUUCUGUCCAAGACAACAGAGGAGAACCAAGCUGCCCACUUGGCCGGGCACCGGACCAGGCAAGGCUGGCGUGGCCCAGUGGGAGCGUUGGCUGGAUGCAGAGUAGGACCCAGGCCAGCAAGCGCGAGAAGGCAGCCCCUCCAAAUGUCCAGUCCACGCACCACCCCUGAAAAUAUGGCUUGGCUUAUUUGUCACUGUGGAUUUCAACACUGUGUGCCUGUUUCGUUUCUCUAUUUUUAAAAAAUCUGUUUCUGACUUAUGGUGUGAGUGGUGGGUUUUAAAGUCCAGGCAAAAUG